GCUGCUUAGCUUAGCUUAGCUCACACUUUGAUCAGGUCCCCACUCAACCGUUAAGACUUUAAUCCUAAGCGUCGGAUUGAUUCACCCAUGACCCCUAAAUUGUUAAUCAGACGGCUAAACUAAACCCUCCACAACCCAACUCUUUGUCUGCAGUUUUUAUAAGUUGUUUUGAACUCUUCCUUGUUGUUUGCUUCUCAUUGUCCUCUCCUAGUCCUAACUAAACUAACUACUAAAAGAGAUUACAUCAUAUUCAUAUGUGGAGCUGAGCUUCUUUCCAUUUCAUACUUUCAUUUUGACUUUUUACCUUACUUUAAUGCCCACCAAUUUCAUUUGUUUCGUGUGGAUACAAAUUUCUGACUUAAUUAAAGAGAAUACCCAACAUUUAAUCCAUUACCAAGUGUUGCAAUGCAUAAGAAAUGCUGAUUCUUUGUCUCCUCUUGCUCUGUUUCUUCAUCCCUGCAAUAAGCAGCUCUGGAUUGUGCUUCGACACCCGCUGCCAAGGCGAUGAUCAGACCAUUCGAUUUCCCUUCAGGAUUGAAAACAGGCAGCCCAGUUCAUGUGGGUAUCCUGGUUUCGACUUGUCCUGCCACGCCACGGCCCAACCACGCCUUCAUCUUCCUCCUUCUGGGAAUUUCAGCGUCCAAUUCAUAGAUUACCAGAACCAAGAAAUAUGGGUCAAUGACCCAAACGGCUGUCUUCCCGGAAAAAUUCUGUCGCUCAAUCUUUCUGGGUCGCCGUUCGCCGGAAAGUACACUCAAGAUUUUACUUUCUUCAACUGCUCGGCGAAGGUUCGGUUGCCGUAUGGGUUGAACUUGAAUCCGAUUUCGUGCCUGAGUGGCCUCUCGUACGCAGUCUUCGCUUCGUCGUCUCCGAUGAUUAUAAACGAUUUGUCGUCGAAUUGCGUCGUGAUGAAAAGCGUUUCGGUGCCGGUUUCAUGGUCGUUCUCGUCGGACCUGAGGGACGAUCUCCAAUUGGCGUGGAAAAAGCCUGCUUGUGGAAGCUGUGAGUCACGUGGUGGACGAUGUGAGCCCAACCCCAAUUCAAGCAAUCAAAUCCAAUGCACACCCAUUACUCAACCUCAACCCAAACAAAGGUUACCGAGAGGUGCUCGUUAUGCUGUGGCUAUAGGGGUGGGAGUGCCAGCAGGGUUGUGCUUUUUGGGCCUCUUAUGUUGCUUUUGUGCCCGACUGAGAUACUACUCCAGGCCCAGAGCACGCAGUUCCAGCAUUGAAGCCCAUUGGGUCAUAUCUUCUCAGCCCACAACUACGAUGGGCCUAGAUGGGCCGACCAUAGAUUCCUACCCAAAAUUUGUAUUGGGCCAAAGCCUACGACUACCGGAGCCCAAUGGCAGCAUCUGCCCAAUUUGCCUGUCCGAAUAUCGGCCCAAAGAGAUCGUGAAGACCAUACCCGACUGCCAACAUUGCUUCCAUCAAGAUUGUAUUGAUGAAUGGCUGCGAUUGAAUGCCUCCUGCCCUUUCUGCAGGAAACCUCCCAUCAAAUCUCUCUCCGAUCCUCCGUAAUAAUAUCAAUACCACCACCAAUUUCAUGCCACAUUUGCUCUCAAGUACUAUUUUCUUUUUUUUUUUAUAAAAAAAAAAAUUUCAGUAGUUACUAUCUUUUUGUCGAAAAUAUAUAUC